AAGGGCGCGCUGCGCAUGGGCGGUGCACUUGAUGCCACACAAAAUAAUGCACAACAACCACUGCAACAAGAAAACCAACAGUACGAACAGAACAAUCACAAUAUGGCAUCAACAGCAACAACAACAAUAUGCACCACCACAACGACCACAGCCACCCACUACCACAGUCAACACCUCCAGCACCACCCGUUGUUGCAUUGCGAAUCGAAUCGUCAUUGCGCGCGUUGCAACACCGAGCUGGGACGCAUCACGAAUCGUGGAGCACCGUGCCGCGUCUGCAAGUUGCGCGUGUGCAAAGCAUGCCGCGAGUUCACCUCACGUACCACCGAUUGGGUGUGUGUAGUGUGCCACAAGCAAAUGGAGAUACAAGCAAACACAUCCACCAGUGGUGAGUGGAUAAAGGAUUACACGCGUGGCUCGAGCGGUGCUGUCGAUCAUUUACCCACAACCGACGUGUUGCGGCGCAGUAUACGACGUUCCUGGACGAUAUCAAAUCCCCAGGACGAUUCGAACAAUCAAAACCCUCAAAAUCCCGUCGCUGAUAAUCUUUAUCCGCAACAAAAGAACCUUAUCGAAUCGCAAUCUGCCGGCAGCUAUCCCUCUCUCGUACGCCCACCGUCACAACAACGCCCACACCCCACUGCCUAUCAAAGUGGUAGCGUGAUUGGUAUAAGCACCGUGGGAGCCGCACAUCCCCAACCCGCUUCCGAUUAUCUGGUGAAUACCCAACGACGAGUCCUACGUCAAUCAACUCUGCCAAGUUCUCUGCCCAACAACGAUCCCAAUCUAAGUGGCAGCGGCGCCAAUUUGGCCAAUUAUAAUUACGUGAAUCUUACUGCACCCACUUCACCGCAUCAGAUGCAGAAAAGUCCAAUUUAUCCUAGCGCAUAUAACAGUGAUGACAUUAUAAACAUGAGCACCACUGAUUGUGAUAAUUAUUCUCAACAAAUACAUCAGCAGCAACAGCAAAAACCUAUGAAUAUUCAGCCACAACAGCAGCAGCAGCAGCAGCCGCAGAGUGUGAUAAAUCCCCAAACGCAUCAUCGCCUACAGGUGCGCAGACAAUCAACCCUCCCGGCUAAUCCCUGCCAACCGCCAAUGUAUUUAUCCACUUCACCGAAUCGCCCCUACAGCCGCUCGCCGGAGCGUUCUCCAGGUGAGCAACGUUAUCCACCGUUCAUGCGUCAAACAUCAUUUCCGUGCAACAUGGCAGAGCCUCCUACACAACAACAGCAGCAGCCAAAGAAUCAUCUCAAUUUUGGUACCACACCGCCCAACCAGUCAUAUCAACGCAAGUUGCUACCCACCUCACCCAACUACCAAGGAUCUGCUAUGUACCAGCAACAGCCUACGCAACAGCAGCAACAGCCACCACCACAACAGCCUGCUCAAUCCAACUACGACCCACAAACUGGCCAAACGCAACCAGCUGACGAAAUGGACUAUACACAAGUUAUGCCCAAAGCACGCAUGUUGCGACAGGCCACGUUACCAAACCCCGAUCAACAUGUCAAACUGUUGCCCACCUCUCCACCAAAGCGUCAGACCUCGCCACAAUAUCGACGAUCACCAGAAUUUAUGCGACAACAAACGUUGCCGAAUCCGGAAGCUUUUAGUGGAAAUUCGCUCUCGGUACCACCAGGCCAGGCACAAGCGAAAUUUAUGCCGCUUUCACCACGUCACAAGCAGAACUUUCUUUUUCCGAAUGUACAGCGACAGUUCUUAUCGCAGCAGCAUGUGCCGGCGGUCGGAGUUAGCAGUGCCGACGUAAUCACAACCGGCAUCAGCGCCGGCGAACAGUACUCAAGCAGCCAAAGUGUGAACAUACAAUCGCGGGAGCAUGCCAAAAUGAUGAAGGUUCGCAGUCACAGCAAUGAGGAAUACUCGAUCACGAAGCCAUACCACACCGAAAAUAGGCGGCUACUACCAGAGAUACCGACGAAUCGUGCAUCCAGCCGUACACCCAGUCGUCUUGUGCGUCAAGAAUGCAUCAAAGAUGAACGCAGUAAUGCGACCGAUGCUAACACGCGCACCUUUGGUGAAGCGAAGCAACAAUUUAAUCAAUUUCAAAAUGUCACCGAAGAAGCUGACAAUCGUCCUGAAUAUAUGGAUUACUUUGGCGACAGCACCAGCAGCUUUUUGGAGGCGGAUGAAGUGCAGUACGAGAAAAAUUACAAUGCCGGCUUCAGCAGCGAACCGCGCAUUAUCUACAAUGAUGGAUCCGAUGAUGGCAGUUAUAACCAAUACCAACGGCCCAUGGUGCACAGCGCUGAGACGGUGCUCGUGCACGAUCAAAACUACAGCUACUACGGAGCUGAUGGUGGCUUGAGUGCUCAAGCUUUGACUACUGGGCUUAGCGCCAGUGGUGGUGCUUUACCGCGGACCCCACAAAUGCACAAUCGGCUGCGAAGACGACAAUCACGUGAACUGCAAAUACAACAAGAGGAAAUGGCUCAUUUGAAUCGGCAAGCAACGGCCGGUAUGCCUACAACAACCGGAGGUGUUCACCCUACAGGGGCGGCCUGUGCAAGUGGCGCUGGCACUUCGGCUAAUAGUGAAGCACACGAUACACAAGAAAGACGCAAACCUGAACAAAUGCGCUCAAUAUCGGAAGACUCGGGUGCCAAAACAAAUCCACAAAAACCAGUCACAAGACGAUCGUUAUCACAUCCUGAAAAAGGGACCCAAUUCAACAAGAAGGUUGAGCCCACUAAAAUACCGAGUCCGAAACCGUUGGCUGAUAUUUUAGAUAAGACACGAACUAACACGAAAAUACCAACGCCUCGACGACGUAAUAGCCGGGACACAAAUGGUGCCGAUACAGAAGAUGGUACCAACAAACCCUAUUCGAACGAAAGACGAAACUCCGAUGUAUCUCUGAAAUCAGCAAAUAAAAAACAUGAACAACAACAGCAUACCGGGGAACAAAAAGUAUCAUUGCCAUCUACAAAAUUGAAUGGCAACAAUAAGUCGCCAGAGAAAAAAGAUGAAUUCAAAGAGAAGACUAACCAGUCAAAAGACAGUGACAGCAAUGAUCAAGCAAAAAAUGUUGAUGAAAUGCAAAAACAGAAUCCAACAGUUGACACGACAGAAGGCAAUAAAGGCGUUGCAACGACAAUUCCCAAGCAACACACAACUACUUUGGGUGAACAGGAGAUACAGAAUGCUGUGGAAGCAGCAGCCGUUGUAUUUAAAAAGGUCGUACUGCAACGUCGCCAGGAGAAAAAAGCAGCCGAGGAGGAUGUCUAUGAUAUGGAGACCUCCUCGGAGUUGGAAUUUAAAUCGAUUACAUUCAAUCAUCAACACUACAAUAUGGAAGCCGAUGAAUUCAAGCUUGUCUUUAUCAACUCCUCCGACUCAUCUUCCUCCGGCAAGGAUGAGGAAUUCGAAGAUAGCAGCUCAACCACUUCUUCCACACACAACUACAGCAGCAUCACCAUUGACGAUUGCGAUUGGGAUUACUUUGAGCCGUCGAUGAUUUGCACUAGCGGCUCGGUAACUAAACAAAUAUUCUUCUCUCCCUGCCCCUCACCGUUGGUCAUGCGUCGCAGUGCCGCAAUGCGUGAUUUCAAGUCUAGCGAGAGCACUGCCUCACCCGCCGAAUCACCGCUACUCUACCGCAAACCGCUUGUCUACUGUCCGCGCAUACGCGAAAGUGACACCGGCACUGAUGAGGAGAUGCUCAUGCAAGGUGAAAGUUCUUCGCAAACCAGCUCUGAUGGCUAUUUCGUGCGUGCACCAACAAACGCAGCGGUGGCGCCCAGUUCGACUGGUCGUCAACAACAUCACCAGCAUCAUCAGCAACAACAACAAAAUCAACACCAGCAGUUGAGCAUGAAGACACGCAUAAAAACGCGUUUUGUGGGCAAAGAAAGUAAGCAUCAUCAUCACCAUUAUCGACAUCACCAUCAUGCCGCCACCAAGCAGGCGCAGGAAAAUGCGGCCACGCCUAUUGUCGGCGGCGUAUGUAGUUGUGGUGGCGUUACUAAAGCGGCGCCAGCGACACCAUCGCAGCCGCAACCGCAAUAUGUGCCCAUACCAGUGCCAGUGCCAAUACCAGUACCCAUGGCCGCCUUUCAAAACUGGCACCCGAGCGAGCUGCUGAAGGGCGCAGCGAAUGCACAUACCAAUAGCCAUUCGGAUAUACUGAACAUCAUGGACAAGGACGAGCAGUUACGCGCUUCGCUGCAGAAGUUGUGGGGCACAGCUGCACCCGGACUGGCACAUCAGACUAGCGAGGCAACAAACAACUUACAAGCAGCUGCCGCAGCAGCGGUGGUGGCAGCGUAUUCGAAUGCGGCAAGUUACCAGCAGCUGAGCGCCGGCAAACCGGAGGAGCCAGGCGAUGACGUAGGUGGCGCAUCAAUGUUGGGUAUGCAUGCUAGGCUAGCUCGCGACGCUUUCAAAUCGUCCACACCAGAACUGAGUGCCUCUAUGUACUCGCAAUGCUCGUCAUCAGGGUAUGGCACAACAGCCACAGCGGGCAGUCUGGAGACGUUGACCAGCAGUGGUUUGGGCGAAUUUGGUAGUUUGAGCCGGUUUACUGCAAACAGUCUGCAGCAGCAAGCAAUGCCCCAACAGCUGUACCAUCACCACAACAACUUUGGCACACAAUCCAAAAAUGGUGUUGCCACGACCACACCAACAACAGCAUUGUAUCAACCAGCAGACACCAGCAUUGAAACUAAUCAGACUCUAAGUUAUACCAAUACAAACAACGUAAGCAAACACGCCAGCGCUGAACAUAAUCGCGGUGAGCAGUUCACAUUGGGUAUGCGCGAACCACCAACAUUAGUAUUAACAAAACCGUCGACGCAAUCGAUUCGUGAAUUCAGUGAGUCGGAUCAGCAUGCUUUUGCUGAGGUGAACGCGAGUGAAACACAUGAAAAUGAAACGCCCACAUUUAUAGGCAGCAAAAGUCCAGCUACAGCAGUGUAUAGUGACAGCAGAAAAGUACGAAUUCGUGCGCGUAGUACCGAUAAGCAGCCCUUGCGAGCUGACGGCGCUGAUAUUGAACGUUCUGCGAAAGUUUUGGCUGAUAAGCCUACAGAAUUCGAAACCCACGCGGAUGUUGAAGAGGAAGUAACAGCUGCUAGCUGGCAGUUAUUACCAAAUAUUUGUGCGUCUGCUAUUAGUACUGAAAAAUAUUUCCCAGAACAAAACCCACACCAACAAAAACAACAGCAACAACAAUUGGAGCAAAAGCAAAGACAACUUUUGAAAACAGCUGAAAAAGGUGAGGAAUCAAACGAGUUUGCGCAUUCGCAAGAAAAACUUGCAGGCGAACAGGUAGGCCGCAACGAAACAAACAGCCGCAAUGCCAAAACUUGUAUUACCUUACGCACGACAAACAUAGCUAACCAACCAGCCAACAAUAUUAGCAACAACAGCGAGCAGAAAAAUAAAACUAAUAUUUAUAGUGACACAGACAAAGACUGGAGCAGUGCGGUUGUUGAAAAGGCGAGCGCGGCGUCAUCAUCGCCAUCGUCGUCACGGAGUGACCAGAGCACGAAACAAGCAAACAAAAACUCGCUGGGCAAACAAGUCGCAAAAACAACAACAUCAACUUCACCAAUUGUUUUGCAAAGAAAAACAAAAGGUGUAACAAAAAGAAGCUUAGACGUUGAGGUAAACUCAACUCGGCAGUUGAGCGCAGCCCCAGCGCGCAGUCGAAGUCAGAGUCGCGAUCGCUUAGAAGAAAACAUACCGUAUUUCUAUGACGACGCGCCUGGCGAUAGCGAACAAAGCCUAAGCCUGAACAAAAGUCCAGCAUUGUGCCGUCGUCACUUGAGUAGAGUAGAAAAAACGACGGCAGAAGGAAAACAAAAUCAACAUAAAAUAAAGGUAGCCAGCCACAACGACAACAAUAACACAACAGUAAGAACUCGUUUGCAGACCAACGCUGACGCCAGCACUUUUAGUAAUUCCUCAACCACCACUACUUGGACUAAACACAACAUCUCAGAUUGUAAUUAUAGCGACGGCGCUGUAGACAAAUGCUCUAACGACGGUGACACAGCGGAUAAGGUGGUGGUCUUGCGGUGCGGAAAUAGCAAUGUUGCUAAAGCGCGCAACGUUAGCGGCGACGUUGACAGAACAGCUGAAAGCGUGAAAGGUAUUGAGCGAACCAGAGCUGACUCCGCGGUUGACUGCGAGAGCCGGCGCGUAGCUGAAACUAGUUGUUGUCAGAACCAAAAGGCGAGCACUUGUAAGACUGCAGUGAACGCAUCUAGAACUACAGAGCGGGUAAAACAGCAACAGGAAAAUGUUGAACUACUUUUGUUAAUACCGGUAAAGAAGGAUGAAAUCGUCUUAAAAGACCAACAAUCGUCGUGCAACCAGCAGUUAAAAAAUAUUUCGAAAACUCGCUUAAAACAAGCCAAAUCGUACAGCGCAAUGAUUUCGAUUGGCAAAUUGAAAAGCAAUGCCAUAAAUACCGGUGGCUAUCUGCAAAGCGAGAAUGUGUUCUCCUCUUCAGAUGCCGAAUCCGCAGCAAGUGGCGAUACAGAAUCGGAAGUGACUGCGAGUGACGAGAAUAGGCAUACGAAAUCGUAUCGUUCAGACGGGUCCAACUUGUCGGGGGUCGCGUCCGGGUCGCGGCGCUCAGUACAGCGCAGUUACGAUAUCGCUAGUGUUGCAGGCAUCGAUGCGCUGAUUGUGAGCCACAUAGAUGAUGAAGACGACGACGAGUGUGAUGUGGGUGUGAGCGCGGAGGGGGAACUAUCCUACUCACGUACAAGGCGCGCGCAUUCCCGCAGUUCAGCUACAUCGACUAAAGAUCAAAAUACCAAUACGAGCAGUGAAAAUACAACGACAAGCGGCUCGAGUUCCUCUGAGUCGAUAGAUACCGACGACACUGGCACCAUAGCCGAUAGACGCCCUAAGAGCAAACACUUCUCGAAGAUAUUUGUGGUAAAUCGUGUGCCGCGCGGUCAGCGCCGCCGCGGUGCUUCGACAUCUAGUGAAAAUGAUUCACAGUCGUCGGAUGCAAAUCUUGAAGAUUCCUCCGACAACGAUACGGACACAGAGCGCACCGAUUGUGGUAUUGUUUUGAAUUCAGUUAAGGUCAUUAGUGAGGAGCAGGCUGGCGCGGAGGCGAGUGCCUGGCAUGUGGCGCACGAAAGUGAGAGUGAUGGCACAUCUACAAGCGACAAUGAACGGAAUUCGCAUAAUGAUGCCGAGAAUUGCAGAAAUGAUGUUGAUGAAGAUGAUGAUGGGAAUGAUAAUUAUGUGCACAAUUCAGCUGAAAGUGAACGCGAAAAUAUCGCUGGUAAGUAUGUGGCAACCUCUGCCGAUGAGCUGGCCAAUUGCAUUAUUGUCGUCGGCGGGGAAACUGAUGAUACUAGCGGCAACGGUGGCGUGGUAUUGCAUGCAAUACGACUGCUGAACGACGAAGAGGCGGAGCGGCAGGUGUUGGACGAACGCGAGCGCGAUCGUAAACGUAAACAGGCCGCAGCGUCGGGCAAUAGUAAUAGAGCGUCGCGCGGUGUUGGUGGCACAGUUAACCAGAAAGUGGCAAGUAUGGCAGACAUGGCAAGUGCCAAUGGCAACAAUAAUACAAACAACAAAAGUACAGCCAAUACAAAUAUUAAAGAAAGCAAACUGCAGUGGAAUAAAUCAAAUCAUCGCACAACGCAACAAUCAGAGCAAUUAAAAACAGCGGCUAGCGAAACUGCAGUGUUGGCAACAGCAACAACAAGCACUGAAUUAGCUGCAAUGGCAGCCGAAAAUGAAAAAGAAACAAAAACAGAUACAGAUAACAAAACAGCUGUUGCAACUCAUGCAACUACAAAACAUGCCACAACCGAUACGCCACUGAUUUCGUUCGAUCUCGGCGCACCAACAACACGAACACCCGAUGGUGCGGCGAAACCAUUUGUAUGCGCUGAUGGUGCAAGCUCCCCACCAACUGCACCUGAUUGGGAAAUAGACACGCAAGAAGCAUGCGAUGAGUUGCAUAGUAUUUCAAACGACGUAAAUCGCUUACUUGCGCUGACAAAACAGAAUUCAGAGCUCGAAAUGAAAUUACAAAAACUACGGCGCGGUGUAGAAGAAAUUAACCAAGACCAUUUGGCGGUGUUAGAUAGAAGGGAAGGUGAACUUAUCGGCAAGAUGUUGGGGGGUAACGCAUCCGCUACUACAAACGCGCCGCAUAGCACUUCACAGUCUUCUUCUAAAUCGGCGGGUGCACCUGAGCGCGGCUCAAGUGAUGACGACAAUAGCUCACAGCAGAACAAUAAGCAAGCAAACAAUAGCGACGACGCUGCUUUUGUUGUUGAUGGAAGCAAUGAUGAUGCAAUGAGUACAGGCGCGCACCUUGCUGACGAGGCUGCGGAGAGUCAGGCGCGGGUAGUUUUCGCCGCGGGUUUUGCACGCGGCAACGAAACACGAGAACACGAAAAGCAACAAGAUGAGGGCGAUAUGCUUGAGGAUGAGACUAACAAUACUUGGCAAACAGGAUGGCGUACAACAAACACAGAAAUAAUUAGAACAAGAACUGAAGAAGCCAACAUUUUGGUAACAAAGGAAAAAGUUAUCGAGCACAAGCAGGGUGAGCAGAAUAAGGAGGAGAGUGCGCCCUUGGAAAGGCGCACUGGUACUGCAGGGUCAGAGAUGACUGUAGAGUGCAUACUUAGCAACAAAAACAACGAAUCGAACAACGAAAACGCAGCGCUAAUGCAAAAUACACAUAGCUCUAGACAGGAGCAUACAAAGGUGGAAGAAACAGCGUCUGAAAUGCAUCAACAAGAAAAAGUGCCUGUUCAGCAAGAAAACAAACAACAAAAGGUGCAAACCGCUGACCAGCUCAAUGCUUGCCAGUCAUCGUCGCGCCGCUUCAGUGCCUCUGAAGUUACUGCAGGUACUUCCGAGAAGCACCUGAGUGGUUCUGUUGAAUGCGAAGCACUAGAUGGAGAACAAAAGGAAUUGCAACAACAAAAACAGCAAUGCACUCACGACACUAGCGUGACGAAUGACGACAAUCAAGUUGUUUGUGAUGAAAACAAAAAGUGGUCACAAAACGUAAAUGCGGAUAACAGCACUAAAGCAGCAAACUCAAGAGAAAAUCAAACUAUCGUAACGAAAACAAUGUGCGCGUAUACGGAGCAACAAGAAACAGAUGUAUGCAGAGAAAUAGCAGACAAAAAAGAUUAUGACAAUGAAAAUAGAACAGUGGAUGAAGAGGUGGGCGCGCGGACGCUUCACCCAACAAGCGACAGCCCAGCAACGUCGGCCACGAAUGAAACACAAAAACAGGUAGUAAAAUGCAUAACAGCUGGGCAACGCACAAGUAUGAAACAUAAUUUCGAAAGCGAAGGAGAAGAAGAACAGCGGCCAGCAUGGCUGGGACGGAUCAGUGAAGCAUGCAAAACAGCUAAUGAACUACCGCCACUUCAAUCACUCUCCGGCUGUUUCAUGGACUCGUUAGAGGCGACGAGUAUGCCAACGCUUUUAACUAAUAUAACAGCAACGAAAAUGGCAUACGCUGAUAGCGAUGAGCAAAAGCAUAAAACACCUGAGCAAAAUGUUUACACAGCUGCAAACAAGUUAGAGUCAACUGCAACAGAGGUUUGGCAUCCAGCAUUGGAAAGCAAAGAGCGCACCACGCUGCCUACAUUGAGCGCGCAGGUAGCUGAAGAGCAGACAUUGCGAAUCGUUGAAACGGUACAAGAGCAACCUAACGAUUGUAAGAGCGGCGCGGAUGACGCGGUCAAAGCAGCAAUGCCAGAAACAUCAACAAAGCCAAUAAUUCACAACUUGGAAGAGCACGAACGUGCAAACGUCACUAAACUCAACAGCAACAACAACAAGCAAGCAGACAAUAAAUUGGCUAACAUCGUGACGACGCGCUCUAGCCGAACUAACGUUAUGGUAGCGAAUACGGCCGUGGAAGCCGUGCGCGCAGCGUCCGCUCAGAUAUUGGCCAACUCGCUGCGUUUAGUUGAAAAUGAAAUGUUAAGCGUGAAAGACCGCGGCGGCGAUGACGGCUGUGAAGAUAGUGAAGAUAAUAAUGGUAAUGUUUUGCUAAAUACUACACAAAGUGGUAGUGCAGUUUUACAAAUUCGUGGCAAGCAAAGUGCAGAAGCGCAAUCGAAAGAAAAAGAAUACAUCGAGGGUGUUGAUAAAUCGCUUGAAGAAGCACAAAACGAGUUAAAAGAUAUUACACAAAUUGGUAACAACAGUGUGCGCGCGUGUGUAGCUAGUGUUGAACAGCGCGAAGCGGUACAAAGUGUUUGCGACGACGACAACGAAAGCCAACAAAAGGCAUGCAAAAUUGAAAAUAACAGCAACAACGAUAAAAGUGUUACGAGCGCUUGCCAUAAAAUAAACGCCAAAGUGGUAGUAGUGAAUAAUCAAAUAAUAGAAAACGCAAACGAAAAAGACUACGACACCGAGCGCGAGCGUAAACGUGAACGCGGUUACGGCGAUUUCGUGGGGCAAACAGACCGCGCUACUAAGAAUAUUACAGAUAGUGAUUAUAUGCACGUAAAAGCUGCGGAAGAACAACAAAAACAAACGCGAUUCGCAACGUCCUCGAGCAAACUGGAUAUAUUCAAGCGCGCUGACUGCGGUAAAGUGGAAGCGGGCGCGAAGGAAGGAGCAACUACGGUAACAGAGGCCAUACAUGCCAGUUACGCACCCUAUUUUAGCGUCAACAACGAAACCUGCAGUGGUAGCACUCAAUUCGAUAGUAUUUUUGGUGGCGUGGCCGCACCCACAACUUGCACGAAAUUCAACUCCAAUUCAUCCAUCCACGCUCCCUCCACACCCUCUUCCACCACUUCACUUUCGGCCAAAUAUCGCAGCUUAAUUAUGAUUACAAAAGACAACGGCCAAAUUGGUAACGGCAAUGACCUGCUAGCCAGCAACCACAGCAGCGGUGCAAUUUCGGACAAAGCGCAUUUGGGAAGCACAACCACCACCACCACCACUACAACAACAAUAACCACUAUAGAGUCCGCCGCGACACGUGUCAAACAAGCCGUACAAACAUAUGAUAACCACCGACACAGCGACGUUGGCAGUAUUGGGAAUGGUGGUGGUGUAGUCGAUGGCGCUGAUUGUGUUGGUAGCAGCGCGAAUGGUGGUAGUAUUAUACGAUUGACUGGUUAUGAGGCGAAUGAGCAGAACAGCAAUGCCAGCCAUGCAAAUCAAGAUAGUAAUUUCCCCCGCACUACAGCAGCUAUGCAAAGAACAAGUUUUAGUGACACGCGCAGCACAGCCACAAGAAAUGCUAGCAGCCCCAGCGACAAUAACCACACUCCAGGUGGUUAUGACUCAUCGAAAGCACCUUCCUCUUCGUCGUCGUUGUUGUAUAUAUCGCCAGCUGUUCGCAAAACGAUGACCAACAAGCACUACAAUAAUAGCAAGGUGACGCUGUCUUACGAUACGAGCACCACGAGUGAAGGGACGCAUUAUCCAGUGAACACAGUUGAUUUGCUGCGCGAUCAAAAGAUCAUCUACGGUGAUUCAGAAGAAGAAGAUUUCGAUAACCUCUCAAAUGGCCGUGGCAGUGGUCGCAGCAGUAGAGCGGGCGCGGAUGAUGAUGGUGAUUUUUUGGAGGAUACUCGAGAUUCUAAAACCAAAGCGGGAUGUCUUGAAGAUGGCUUAGCGGAUGAUGACUCCUGGGUGGAGGAGAUAAGCCAUCAUGGCGAUGAAGAUUUCGGUGACGACACCACGCCAACUGCAUCCGAUUCAGAAGAUUUAAGUAUGGAUGGAGAUGACACCGUUUCAGCAAAUGGCAUGUUUGUUGAUCGUGAAGAAGAGCUGCGUGGCUAUCACCGUUCCACAAUUGAUUUCACUUUGCAUACGAUAGUAGAGGAAAGUUGUGAGGAAAGCGAGGUCGCAUCGCUGCGCGGCACUGAAGACGGUAGCGAAGAGCUGGAUGAGAUGGAGCGACGAAGGCAGCAGACUAUCAAUCAUCAUAAUCGCUUGUCUGCUUCUGAUUUGGAAAAGUAUUUCUUCUUCGAUCUGGGUGAUGGCAAAGUGAUGAGUUCGAUAGAUACGCGUGGCGACGAUACGGCGUCUGAGGUGAGUAGUGAGUGCUCAGAAGGCUUAGAUUCGUUGGGCAUGCCAGAAGAGAAUGCUAACGAUAGUAAUAGUGCCGCAGAGCUGGCUUCAUCGCGCCUGGAAAAAUAUUUCCUAUCCGGCUUCAUGGGUUUCAGCGCAAGCGAGAAGAAUGAAUCAGAUGAGAGUGGCAGCGUGGGUAGCGAUAGUGAAGGUCAUCCUAGCCCAAGUCAGCGCCGUAAACGUUUAGUACGCGCACGUGGUACUCCACGUUCACAUAAUUCCUCUUUGGACAAUCUGUUGGUCGAUUCGCAAUCCAUGCCUGCCGAUUCACUGGAACCGAGUCUCAUGCCCUCAACCACCAGCGAUCUAUUGGACUCUUCCGAAUCGGAAGCAUGUGAUGAGACUGUGCUGCAUGUGAGCAGCAGUGGCGAGAAGACCUUCGACAGCGCUUCUUCGGAUACGAUAAAACGAAAGAAGCAGGUGCGCAAACGUCACGACUCGCUGGAUGAAAAGAAGUUGCAUGACUCUGCAGAGGAUACGAGCAAACCUUCUGCAUCGAAUGCGGAAUGCCGCACACCCACACCUGGUUCAAUCAGUAAUUCCCAAGCGAAGAAACAGCAACAUCACAGCCGCGAUAGUGGUUUUGUUGGCAGCAAUGAUGAUCUCCUAAAAUCGCCUGAUAACGAAUUGCCCACGACAAGCGCUGCUGCGGCACGCACCAAAUCGCCUACUUCACUGCAACAAAUCGAGGAGGUAAAGGAAGCGUCACUGGCUACAUCUAGUUCAGCUAUCGUUGUGCCAGAAGUGCGCAUUACUACGCCGCAAGACACAUCCUCAACUCUGAAAGCGGACGGGCUAACACUAAAACCACCACUGCCACCCGCCGGCAAUGCAAGUUUGGUGCGAAAGGAUAGUUUUAACAAUUGGAGCUCUGAUGAAGAGACAAACCUGAUGAUGUCUAAGAUGCGUCAAUUCUUCAAAACCCUUGUGGUCGCCACUGCUAAUGCACAGCAAAAUAUUGGCUCUUCCAAUAACUCAAAGGGCACAACACCAAAUCAGACGACACCUGUUUCGGUUAGACGCAUGAAGUCUAGACCGCACCUAGCUUACUUUGAGAACGAGCUGACUAGACUGAUGAAAACUGUGCCGGGAAUAAAUGAUGAGCAGGUGCGUGAAAUCGUCGAAUAUUUAAGUAGUGAAGACACAUGGUCAGACUCAUGUGACUCUUCCGAUUAUACAAGCUCUGACCUCGAAGGCAGCAAUCGCCGAAAAGGUGAACUAAAGGAGCAGAUAUCGGCGAGCUGCCAACAAAUCAUAAACAAGUUUGAGAUCGACGAGGAAGGUGAUAGGGGGGAUGGUGGCCUACUCGAAGUAGAAACUCACGGCCUAAGCCCAGACACUGCGCUGGUAUAUCAAAAAUUGGUUGCUUCAUUCUCGAAAAUUGCUGUGGGAAAUGCAAACAACACUGCCACAGUGCAAACUACGGAAGAGCUUCCACCGACCAACCCAGAGAAUAAUGCAGAAAAACGCAAUGUAGAAGAGGAUCAAAUUUCAACCGGAAGCACACACAGCACCGACCGUUCUCCACAGCUGUUCGCCAAAGUAAUGCAACACAUCGGUACACGUCUUGUCGCGCUUAUGCACGAGGUGAAUAGUGGCAACGAUUCUCACGGCACUAACUCGCCAAUUGUGCCACAACGCAACCACCAUAAACGACUACAAGCGAAAAUAUCCAUAACCACCACGGAGGAUGAAGAAGAAAGCCCCUCGGAAAGUGAUCAAACGAAGUCGGCGCGCACACAUCACUCGACAGCCACCAACCACCAACAUUCCACUUAUCAACACAAUCUGCAUCAUCCGCACCAUUUGCCGCAUCAGUCAAAGUCCAACAAAGCGCUGCAGGACGAUGCAAACAGUCUCGCACGUAGCAAGUCACACGAUCUGCUGCUCGACUCAGCCUCCACAUCGGCAGCUUGUAGCAAUGUAAGCGGUAGCAGUGCAAGUGCGACGCGACCACACCACCAUCAAUCGAGCAGCGGUGUUAGCGACACCGCCGGCGAGGAGUGUGGCGUUGCCAGCGAUUAUGAACGUUUCUCGUGGCGCGGUAGUUUUGAGUCGGCAUUACUGGCUAAUGGCGAUUCCAGAACCAAACUCAGUCAACUCGAUCGUGACAACUCAUCGUCUGCGUCCGCUUUGGCCGUUGCAAAGCGUCGUUCGGCAGGUGAUCUGUUGUUCAACCACAAGAGUAUGAGUCGCGAGCAAUUGGAUCGUGUGCGCUCGUGCGGCAGCAUAGGCGGUGGCGAUGAAAGACACCAAGAAUUGGAGGCCUGCCCCGCCAAACCUUGGGUCACGUCCAUCGAUUGCAAAGAUGUGCGACGUUCAAGCGUGCCAGAUGCCAUUUACGAAUCGGACUCAUCCGAUGAGGAUGCCUUCGGUGCACGCUCCACGCUGCCACGCAGUCUUACAGGAGUAGCUCAAGUGGCGAGCACCAAUUCGUUGCCACGUUUGCCCACCACAAGUACGGGCGCGACGGCGACUGGAACGACAGUGGGCAUGAGUGCAGUGCAAACGCCGAUGGCCAGCUCGACACCGCUCGCCAAGUCACAAGGCGCACUGAAUUUUAGCGCCAGUGGAAGUGCGAAGAGCGCGCGUUAUCGGUCACCGGGUCUGGCGAGUCGCGCCAGUGCCUCAUUGAGUGGAAAGAAGUCCAGCGCCGGAUUGGGACUGCAGCAUUUCCUAUAUUCAAAGCGUGAUGCGCGCAAGCGCUUAAGUGUAUCAGGCGAGGAAGCUAAAGCUGCUGCUGAGGAGGUGAGCCAAUCGCCAGUCAUCGGCAAGCGCAAUGAUCCUGCUGCGAGUCCGAUUCAGUCACGUGGCAGUGCCACCAGCGAAACAUGGCCAACUCAAUCGGAUGAUGAUAUUGAUCGUUUAGUGGCGAUGCACCAGAAUCGUGAUAGCCUCAGUUCGUUGGGGCUGCGCUCGGAUUCUAUGGCCAGCGUUUACUCCGGUGCCGGUGAAGGACGCUAUGGCACCGUGGUGGUGAAAGGUCAGGUCGAAUUCGGUAUACAGUAUAACUAUAAGCUCGGCGCUCUGGAGAUACACGUGGUGCGCUGCAAGGAUCUCGCAGCGGUCGAUGUGAAACGUAAUCGCAGCGAUCCCUAUGUCAAGGUAUACCUGCUGCCCGACAAAUCCAAAGCUGGCAAACGUAAAACCAAAGUCAAGAAGCAUACACUUAAUCCAAUCUUCGAUGAGAUACUGCGUUUCCACAUGGCCAUCUCGAGUUUAGAAUCGCGCACACUAUGGCUCACCGUUUGGCAUUCGGAUAUGUUUGGCCGCAAUGAUUUCUUGGGUGAAGUCAGCGUCAGUUUGCAAGGCAAGGUGUUCGACAAUCCGCAAUCGCAAUGGUAUUUGCUGCAGGAGCGUAGUGAACCCUUCGAUGAGGUGGCCACCUAUCGGGGUGACAUUGUCGUUGGUCUGAAGUAUGUACCACCGGAGAAUGUACGGCCGGGUUUUAUGCGUAGCGCAUCCACCAGCAGUGGCGGUUCAAAUUUGCGCAAAUUUGGUAGCAUCAAAUCGGUAGCUUCACGUACCGAUCGCUCAGCGAAAGGCGGUCAACUACAUGUGCUUGUCAAAGAGGCGAAACACCUGAGUCCGAUCAAAGUGAAUGGCACCUGUGAUGCGUUCUGUAAAAGUUACUUGCUGCCAGAUCGUACACGUAGCUCCAAACAAAAGACGCCAGUUGUGAAACGUUCAUUACAUCCCACUUGGAAUUACACUUUCAUCUAUGAGGACGUAUCGCUGGACGAUUUGUCCGAACGUGCAUUGGAAUUAACAGUAUGGGAUCACGAUCGUUUAGCGAGUAAUGAAUUCCUUGGCGGCGUACGCUUUUCGCUAGGUACAGGCAAAAGCUAUGGUCGUCCUGCCGAAUGGAUGGAUGCAACUGGAAAAGAGCUCUCCUUGUGGCAGAACAUGAUUGAUCGCCCCAAUUUCUGGGUCGAAGGCAGUUUAAUUUUAAGAUCAACUUUAGAUGGUAUACGUGCAAUACCAUAAAUUAACUAUAUAGAAGUACACACAUAUACACAUAUGUACAUACCGACAUAUGUACAAACGAGUAUGCAUGUAAAUGAUCUUUUGUACAAUUUAUAGCUGCGCGAUUAUAGCAAACUAGAAAAGGAAAUACACAUCUAUGCAAUGUAGCUUAAAGUUAUGCGAGCAUUAAAUUUGUUUACAUAAACUACAGAUUUGUAUGGAACUUGCAGUUCAUAAUGAAUUUAAUUGCUUAGUUUUUACUAACUAUAUUCGUUUGCAACUGAAAAAGCAUUAUAGCAUUUAGAGAGAAUAAAAGAAAAUAAAAUAUGAAAGAUAUCUAUACACUCGUUUGAGUUAAAAAAAAAAUGUAAAAAACAAUUACGCAAACUGCAACACUGCAGCAAUUGAGAAUUGGCAUACAUAAAUUUAUAUGUAUGUAUAAACAAAUGUAGAAAUUUAGCAAAAAGAAAAAAGAAAAGUUAUAAAAAACUAGAAACAAAUUGUAAGAAUAUUGAAAAGUAAAAAAUAAAGACAUUCAUACAAACAAGUUUGAAAACGAAUGAGAAACUAACGGAUUUUGGGAACGAUUUUGAAUACUCGAAUAAAGUAAAAAAAAAUAUUGAUUUUAAACUAAACUAUGUUGUAGGUAUACAUAUUUUUAUUAGCGUUGGAAAUUAGGAAAAGUGAUGUAGCAACAGAGGUGAAACAAUUAUUAUUUUUUAAUCAUUGAUAGAUGCUUAAAGCAUGCAAUUAUAUGUGCAUAUCACAGUAGCUUAAAGUGAAAAGUCCACUUCUUUGAAAACUCAUAUUUUGACAAAAGAGGCAAAAGAAAGUAAAAAUGCAUUGUUUUCAAACACGAUUUAUUUCUUCACUUUGACAUUCAAUGAAUUACAAAUUUGCUUGGUCCAGAAGAGGAAGGCACAGAAAAUUCCAUAAGGCCAAUAUAGUGCGAAGUCUUUAACAUCAAGUCCUUUUGAUUCGAAUGCCAUUUUUCUUCGCUUUAAAUAUGCCAAAUCCUGUAUUUAAUGGUUUGCAAAACACUUGAAGAAAAUUGCUUUAAAAAGUUCUUCCCCUCUCCUCUAAAAUAUGAAAAAAAUUUAACGAGCAACUUUUCACUCUAGGCUAGCGAUUUGUAUUUUUUGUAUUGAAUUAAUUUGGAAUUAGCUAAUGAAAGCCCAAAAUCUAGGGAUCACUUCAUGAAGCAUGGAAUAGAAGCUCACAUGCAAAUACAGUAAAUGCACAAACAAGAAAGUAAAACAAAAUAGCUGCAAUAUCGACGUGAAAUCGAGAAUGAUUUAAAAUAAAGUAACACUUAUUUCCGUUUUAUAACAUUUAUCAAGAAAAAAAAACCGUAAUUGGAAUAUAUUAUAUCGCAACGUAUUAACCAAGCGGAACCAUUGUAAACAAGAAAUGCAUAUAUGCACAUGCAUAUAGUACUUACGAGUACAUGCUUUUGUUUAUAUAGUACAUACAUUGCAUUAGGCAACCUAAUUUUGCUCAUAU